AUGGCGGGUUUUCGUGGUUUACCAGAAUUCGACCCAACGGGAUCGAUUACGUGGGAUGUGUACGCCGAGCGUUUACAUUUCUGUUUGGAAGCAAGCGAUAUCGAGGAGGAUUCUAAGAAGAGAGCCGUAUUGUUAAGUGCUUGUGGUCAUGCCACAUAUGAAAUAGUAAGAUCGCUUUGCGCGCCAAAAAAACCGGGGGAAGUUGAAUACAAGGAGUUGGUAAAAUUACUAACAUCACAUUUUGCACCGGCACCGUCCAAAAUUGUGCAGCGUUUCCUGUUCAACAAGCGGGAUCAGCAAGUCGGCGAGAAAUUCUCCAGCUAUUUGGCGGAAUUGAGAAAGUUAGCAGACACGUGCAGUUUCCACGAGGAUUCACGGGAUGAAAUGCUUCGUGACAGGAUUGUGUGCGGGGUCAGGGACGAAGCGCUGCAACGUCGCUUAUUAGCGGAAAGCGACUUGACCUUGCAGAAAGCUGUCGAUGCCGCGAUUGCAGCGGAAACGGCUGGCGUAAAUUUAAACGAAUUACGAGGGUCAAUCACCGGAGGCGGCGAUACUUCGAAAUCGGCGAAUGCAGUUACAGGAAAACGGAAUGCUAAUUAUAGCACAAACAAAAGAGACAACGCGGCCGCAACAAUGAAACCCUGUUUUAGGUGCGGUGACCUUCACAAACCGGACGUUUGCAGAUGCAAAGAAGUGGUUUGCAGGUUUUGCAAGAAAAAGGGCCACAUCGAGCGAGUUUGUUUGGCGAAGGCUAAAAAUAAGACGCCGCAACGCAGAACAAUGGUUAAUCAAGUGGGCAACACCGACGAAGAUAGCUACGGGCUCGGGGAACUAUUCAACGUCAACAUGAACGACCGCGGGAAAGCAAAUCUGUUUAAGGUUAACAUUAACAUAAACGGAGAAUUGUGCGAAUUCGAGGUAGAUAGUGGCGCCAGUGACACAAUUAUGUCGUUACAAACUUUUAAUCGACUUUGGCCAAUUAAUAAACCGGAAAUGCGUCCGUGUGAAACUACUUUUCUAGAUUUUUCCAUGGCAACCGUGGAAACGGCGGGAGUUUGUGACGUGCUGGUGACAUUUAAAAACAUUCAGUGUACCCUACCAAUGGUAAUUACAAGGAACACUAGAGCCAAUCUAUUAGGGCGUAAUUGGUUCGACGCACUUAAGAUUGAAAUUUCGGGAAUAAAUAAAAUUGAGGUUAACUCCUCGUUGGACGAGCUAGUGUUGGAGUUUCAGGAAGUGUUCUCGGAGGGGUUAGGCCAGUAUAAGGGGCCACCCAUUAAAUUUGCGUUAGACCCGUCCAUUGCACCAGUGAGCUGCAGAGCUCGAAACAUUCCCUUUGCGUUGAGAGGGAAAGUCGAAGCGGAAUUGGAGAAGUUGGUUCGCCAAGGAGUGCUGCAACCAAUCGACCAUUCGGAAUGGAGCAGUCCGAUUGUUCCAGUUGUUAAAAGUUCGGGCGAAAUUAGAAUUUGUGCAGACUACAAAGCCACAAUCAAUAAGGCACUACGAGUACCGGCUUACCCGAUGCCAGUAAUAAAUGAGAUCUUGGCCAGCUUGGGUGAGUGUAAAAGGUUUGCAAAAUUGGACCUAGCACAGGCAUACCAGCAAUUGAGUGUGGACGAGAAUGCAGCGAAAGCUCAAGCUGUAAUUACCCAUCGAGGUCUUUUCAAAGUAAAUAGGCUUCAAUUUGGGGUGAAUGUCGCUCCACAAUUAUUUCAGAAAUUCAUUAAUUCAAGAUUAGCGGGAAUAGAUGGGGUCUUUCCAUAUUUCGACGACAUCCUUGUUUGUGCGCGUGAUGAAAGACAAAUUCUAGAUCGAUUGCCAGAAGUGUUACAGAGACUACAGCAGGACGGGCUGAAAUUAAAACGGGCGAAGUGCGUUUUUAAUGUACAAGAAAUUGAGUUCCUGGGAUUCAGGAUUGACAGCGAGGGAAUUCGACCGACCCAGGAGAAAGUGAAGGCAAUAUGGGCCACUCCAGAACCUACAUGUAAAAAGGAGCUGCAAGCAUUUUUAGGUUUGCUGAAUUUUUAUCAUACCUUUCUCAAGGGCAAAGCUGACAUAGUCGAGCCAUUGCAUCGAUUGCUUGAUGAGGACAAACCUUGGGAGUGGACAGGUAUUCACAAAAUUGCUUUUGAAUCUGUAAAAAGCCUAGUUACAUCAGAUUCCUUGUUGGUUCACUACAACCUCGAGUUACCACUGGUGAUGGUUUGCGAUGCAUCACCUUGGGGGGUUGGUAUUGUUUUAAGUCACAUCAUGCCGGGGGGAGUGGAAGCUCCAAUUGCUUUUCAUUCCCAAACACUGUCAGCCACGCAGCGAAACUAUGCACAGCUAGAUCGAGAGGCAUUUGCCAUCAUCGCAGGAAUAAAAAAAUUCCACAAAUACCUAUAUGGCAGGGAAUUUACAAUUAUCACGGACCACAAACCGUUAUUGGGGCUAUUGGGAGCGACGAAACCGACUCCCGAGAGAUUAUCACCGCGAAUGCUAAGGUGGAUUUUAUUCUUAGCCAACUACCAGUACGAGUUAGAGUAUCGACCGGGGGCGAAAAUUCAGCAUGCUGACGCGUUAAGCCGGUUACCAGUGUCAUCAAUCGGGGCGGAUCCUGAGGGUUUGGGGGACGUCCUGAUGAUUGAAAUGAUGCCAGAGAAGAUUCUUAAUGCAGAACAAGUCGAGAAGCUAACCGGUAAAGACUUAAUUCUUUCGCGAGUGCGUGAUUGGCUGCUUAAAGGGUGGCCUAGUGACAUUCCACCUGAAUAUAUACCAUUUCGGAACAAACGCGCGGAAUUGUCAGUAUAUAAAAACUGUGUUCUGUGGGGUUCAAGGGUAGUAAUACCUGAGAAAGCGCGACAACAAGCCGUUGAAUUAUUGCACGCGACCCAUCAAGGUAUUGUGCGGAUGAAAGCGCUUGCUCGUAGUUACAUGUGGUGGCCAGGUUUGGACCAGGACAUCGAGAAAAUUGUGAAAGAGUGUAAAAAGUGCCAGGAAGUUGGUCAUGCGCCGCCGCGUGCGCCAAUUCACCCAUGGGAGUGGGCUUCUGACCCAUGGUCGCGAAUUCACGUGGACCAUGCAGGUCCAAUAAAGGGACAAAAUUUCUUAAUUGUGGUAGACUCGUAUUCGAAAUGGCUCGAGGUAAAAAAAGUGCCGUCUGUGUCCUCGGGGGCUACGAUUUGCGCGCUUCGAGAAAUCUUUGCCACACAUGGCUGCCCUGCUAAGGCAAAAAGCCGUAUCUACCUACUUUCGCGAUUUCCAGAUUUCGGUGUCUGCGUGUUUAAAAUAAUAUUCCUCAACUUCAUACUAAACCCAGAAGCCGUAUCUGUAAUUUUUUCAUAG